AUGCGGGUGUUUUCCUGUCUACUCUAUGUCUACAACACGUCAUGGAGAAACGGGGAAGUGCCGGCAAGCUAUAAAGAUGCGUCAAAGCCGAACAAGCAACCUUCUGAUCUCUCCUCCUCUCGUCCUGUCAGCCUGACAAGUUGUUUCGAUAAAGUUUCGGAUCGAAUGGUACUGCAUAAGCUAGAUUGGUGGCUUGAGGGACAUGGAGCUUUCGCUGCAGAGAUGACAGGUUUCCGUCGCCAUUGCAGCGCCAUGGAUUCUGUGCUCGACCUUGUCACCUCCGUCGAACAAGCCGAGAACCAGAAGAAAAUUGUCAUGGCGGUUUUCCUGGAUGUCAAAACAGCUUACAAUACCGUCAGUCACCCCUUUGUGCUGCACGAACUGCUGCAAGAGCAGGUCUUUGACAGAAUGUUCUUGUGGCUGGCGGAUUUUCUGCGCGACACAACACUCUGUUCGCACGCAUAA